GGGAGGGGGAGAGGAGAUGAAAAUCAAACACUUAACUUUCCACAAAAGGUUGUGUCCUUUCGAUUUCGGUUCUUCUCAACCCAACUCAUAACUGCUUGCCUAUAACAUCCCACUCAGUUUUCAGCUUCUAAAGAGAACUGUGAGGACCCUGGGGAGCCAGACUCUGGAAGACGGGAGAGGCGAGAACUUAUCCGCUGUCUGCAGCUUAGGAGACAGGUUUGCAGGUUGCCAUGGCUUCUAGACCCAACAUGACGGCCCCCAUUUGCCUGGUGGAAAACAACAAUGAGCAGCUGUCAGUGAAUCAGAAAGCUCUAGAGAUUCUUGGCCAGAUUUCUCAGCCAGUGGUGGUCGUGGCCAUUGUAGGACUGUAUCGUACAGGCAAAUCCUACUUGAUGAAUCGGCUUGCAGGACAGAAUCACGGUUUCCCUCUGGGCUCUACGGUGCAGUCUAAAACCAAGGGCAUCUGGAUGUGGUGUGUGCCUCACCCCUGUAAGCCUGAUUGCACUCUGGUCCUUCUGGACACUGAGGGCCUGGGUGAUGUGGAAAAGGGUGACCCUAAGAAUGACUCGUGGAUCUUUGCCUUGGCUGUGCUUCUGUGUAGCAGCUUUGUCUACAACAGCCUGAGCACCAUCAACCACCAGGCCCUGGAGCAGCUGCAUUACGUGACAGAGCUGACAGAACUCAUCAGGGCAAAGUCCUCCCCUACACCAGAUGGAGUAGAAGAUUCAUCAGAGUUUGUGAGUUUUUUUCCAGACUUUAUCUGGACCGUACGGGAUUUUACCCUGGAGCUGAAGUUAAAUGGUCAUCCUAUCACAGCAGAUGAGUAUUUGGAGAAUGCCUUGAAGCUGAUUCCAGGUUUGCAGGUUGCCAUGGCAUCUAGACCCAACAUGACGGCCCCCAUUUGCCUGGUGGAAAACAACAAUGAGCAGCUGUCAGUGAAUCAGAAAGCUCUAGAGAUUCUUGGCCAGAUUUCUCAGCCAGUGGUGGUCGUGGCCAUUGUAGGACUGUAUCGUACAGGCAAAUCCUACUUGAUGAAUCGGCUUGCAGGGCAGAAUCACGGUUUCCCUCUGGGCUCUACGGUGCAGUCUAAAACCAAGGGCAUCUGGAUGUGGUGUGUGCCUCACCCCUGUAAGCCUGAUUGCACUCUGGUCCUUCUGGAUACUGAGGGCCUGGGCGAUGUGGAAAAGGGCGACCCUAAGAAUGACUCGUGGAUCUUUGCCCUGGCUGUGCUGCUAUGUAGCAGCUUCGUCUACAACAGCAUGAGCACCAUCAACCACCAGGCCCUGGAGCAGCUGCAUUAUGUGACAGAGCUGACAGAACGCAUUAGGGCAAAGUCCUCCACUACGCCAGAUGGAGUAGAAGAUUCAACAGAGUUUGUGAGUUUCUUUCCAGACUUUAUCUGGGCCGUACGGGAUUUUAUCCUGGAGCUGGAGUUAAAUGGUCGUCCUAUCACAGAAGAUGAGUACCUGGAGAAUGCCUUGAAGCUGAUUCCAGGUUUGCAGGUUGCCAUGGCAUCUAGACCCAACAUGACGGCCCCCAUUUGCCUGGUGGAAAACAACAAUGAGCAGCUGUCAGUGAAUCAGAAAGCUCUAGAGAUUCUUGGCCAGAUUUCUCAGCCAGUGGUGGUCGUGGCCAUUGUAGGACUGUAUCGUACAGGCAAAUCCUACUUGAUGAAUCGGCUUGCAGGGCAGAAUCACGGUUUCCCUCUGGGCUCUACGGUGCAGUCUAAAACCAAGGGCAUCUGGAUGUGGUGUGUGCCUCACCCCUGUAAGCCUGAUUGCACUCUGGUCCUUCUGGAUACUGAGGGCCUGGGCGAUGUGGAAAAGGGCGACCCUAAGAAUGACUCGUGGAUCUUUGCCCUGGCUGUGCUGCUAUGUAGCAGCUUCGUCUACAACAGCAUGAGCACCAUCAACCACCAGGCCCUGGAGCAGCUGCAUUACGUGACAGAGCUGACAGAACUCAUUAGGGCAAAGUCCUCCACUACGCCAGAUGGAGUAGAAGAUUCAACAGAAUUUGUGAGUUUCUUUCCAGACUUUAUCUGGGCCGUACGGGAUUUCACCCUGGAGCUGGAGUUAAAUGGUCGUCCUAUCACAGAAGAUGAGUACCUGGAGAAUGCCUUGAAGCUGGUUCCAGGUUGGCAGGUUGCCAUGGCAUCUAGACCCAACAUGACGGCCCCCAUUUGCCUGGUGGAAAACAACAAUGAGCAGCUGUCAGUGAAUCAGAAAGCUCUAGAGAUUCUUGGCCAGAUUUCUCAGCCAGUGGUGGUCGUGGCCAUUGUAGGACUGUAUCGUACAGGCAAAUCCUACUUGAUGAAUCGGCUUGCAGGACAGAAUCACGGUUUCCCUCUGGGCUCUACGGUGCAGUCUGAAACCAAGGGCAUCUGGAUGUGGUGUGUCCCUCACCCCUGUAAGCCUGAUUGCUCUCUGGUCCUUCUGGACACUGAGGGCCUGGGCGAUGUGGAAAAGGGCGACACUAAGAAUGACUCGUGGAUCUUUGCCCUGGCCGUGCUUCUGUGUAGCAGCUUUGUCUACAACAGCCUGAGCACCAUCAACCACCAAGCCCUGGAGCAGCUGCAUUAUGUGGCAGAGCUGACAGAACUCAUCAGGGCAAAGUCCUCCCCUACACCAGAUGGAGUAGAAGAUUCAUCAGAGUUUGUGAGUUUCUUUCCAGACUUUAUCUGGGCCGUACGGGAUUUCUCCCUGGAGCUGGAGUUAAAUGGACACCCUAUCACAGAAGAUGAGUACCUGGAGAAUGCCUUGAAGCUGGUUCCAGGCAUGAAUCACAAAGCUCAAAUAUCCAAUUUCCGAAGAGAGUGCAUCCGGAAUUUCUUUCCAAGACGGAAAUGUUUUGUCUUUGACCGGCCAACAAAUGACAAAAAACUCCUAGCCAAUAUUGAGAAGGUUGAGGAAAAACAAUUGGAUCCUUACUUCAAGGAAGAAACAAAGAAUUUCUGUUCUUACAUCUUCACCCAGGCCAGGACCAAGACCCUCAGAGAGGGAAUCAUGGUCACUGGGAAACGGCUAAGGACUCUGGUGGUGACUUAUGUGGAUGCCAUCAACAAUGGAUCAGUGCCUUGUUUGGAGAAUGCGAUGACAACUCUGGCCCAAAUUGAGAACUCCAGAGCUGUUCAGAAGGCAGCCAACCACUACAGCGAGCAGAUGGCCCAGAGAGUGAGCUUCCCCACAGACACGCUGCAGGAGCUGCUGGACCUGCAUGCAGCCUGUGAGAGGGAAGCCAUUGCAAUCUUCAUGGAGCACUCCUUCAAGGAUGACAACCAGGUGUUCCAGAAGAAUCUUGUGGAAAUCAUAAAGGAUAAGCAGGAUAAGAUCUUGCUGCGGAAUGAAGAGGCAUCUGUUAAAUACUGCCAGGAAAAACUUGAGCAGCUUUCCAAGUCCCUGAUGGAAGGUAUUUCAGCAGGCAUUUUCUCUGUUCCUGGUGGUCACAAGCUCUACAUGGAAGCAAAGAAAAGGCUUGAACAGGACUACUGGCAAGUGCCCAGGAAAGGAGUGAAGGCACAUGAGGCUCUCCAGAGGUUCCUGCAGUCGCAGGCAGCAACAGAGAAUUCCAUCCUGCAGGGAGACAAAGGGCUCACGGAGGAGAUGAAGACCAUGGCAGCGGAGCGGGCCAAGAAGGAGGCAGUUGAGAAGGAUCAGGAGUUGCUGAGACAGAAACUACAGGAGCAGCAGCAGCAGAUGGAGGCACAGAAGAGGAGUCUCGAGGAAAAUAUAUUGCAACUGAAGGAGAAGAUGGAGAGGGAAAGAGAGAUAUUAAGAGAAGAGCAGAAUAUGAUAUUGGAGCAUAAAUUAAAGGUUCAAGAAGAUUUGCUUAGAGAAGGAUUUAAAAGUAAAUCUGAAGAUAUGAAUGCAGAGAUCAAUCAUUUGAGAAAUAUGAUUGGUAGUACUCAAAGUGAUAAUAGUCCCUUGAUGACACAAAUCAUGGAUAGACUUGCCAGUGAAAUUGACUCAAUAUUUCGUGCAUCUGAGAAAACACAUUCUAACCUUGCUGAAAGUUGUAUGCCCUGGGACAUGGGAGCUAACAUGGGAAUGCAGUCUGUCCUCCUUCUGAGAACUGCCUAUCAUUAUGGAAAGAUUUACAUUUACAACGUCAUAGCUCCUAGUCCUGGAGGCACCUGCUCUUUACAACCCUCAGCUCCUAUUACCAGUAAUCUGGUCCUGCUCAGGGUAUCCAGAGGUGCACCCUCUCUGUGAUUCCCCUCCAGCCUGCAUGACUUGGAACCUGUAAUGAUUAUCCCACACCUACUUUCCC